CUCCGAAGGGGGGGUCUGCGUCACGUGACACUGGACCCCUGUCAUGGCGGCAAGUUCGACGGCGCCGGCGGCUUUGUCUCUGCGGGUGGUGGCGGAGUGCGGGCGGAGCCGAGCCCGGGCUUGCGAGCUGCGCCUGCCGCAUGGCACGGUGGAGUGCCCGGUGUUCAUGCCUGUGGGCACGCAGGGGACCAUGAAGGGCCUCACCGCCUCGCAGCUGGACCGCCUCGGGUGCCGCCUGUGCCUCGGCAACACGUACCAUCUGGGCAUGCGCCCCGGACCAGACCUUAUCAAAAAAGCCAAUGGACUUCAUGGCUUUAUGAACUGGUCACGGAACUUGCUUACAGACAGUGGUGGGUUUCAGAUGGUUUCCUUGGUGGAGCUUUCCAAGGUAACUGAAGAAGGAGUACAGUUCUGCUCUCCUUAUGAUGGCACAGAGAUUCUGCUGACUCCGGAGAAAUCCAUUGAAAUACAGAAUGCUCUUGGCUCUGACAUCAUGAUGCAGUUAGAUGAUGUGGUCAGCAGCACAGUCAGUGGUCCCCGUGUAGAGGAGGCCAUGUUCAGGUCCAUUCGUUGGCUGGAUCGAUGUAUUGCAGCACACAGCCAGCCCAGCAAGCAGAAUCUAUUUGCUAUUAUCCAGGGUGGGCUGGAUCCUGCCCUUCGGACCAAGUGCUUGGAAGAAAUGAGUAAACGAGAUGUGCCGGGAUUUGCCAUUGGGGGCCUAAGUGGUGGUGAAGCCAAAGAUCACUUCUGGAGGAUGGUGGCCCUCAGUACAGAUCAUCUCCCCAGGAGCAAGCCUCGCUAUCUUAUGGGAGUAGGGUAUGCCACAGACCUGGUAGUGUGUGUGGCCCUUGGCUGUGACAUGUUUGACUGUGUCUUUCCCACAAGGACUGCACGUUUUGGUUCAGCCUUGGUCCCCUGGGGCUCACUACAGCUAAAGAACAAGCAAUAUGCCAAGGAUUUCCGACCCAUUGAUGAGAACUGUCACUGCCCCACCUGUCAGAGGUAUAGCCGAGCUUUCUUGAAUGCUCUUUUUCGUAUUGAUACAGCUGCCAUGCACCACGUGACUGUCCAUAAUAUUGCUUACCAGCUGAACCUGAUGCGCUCAAUCCGAGAGAGUAUUAUUGAGCAGAGAUUUCCAGAGUUUGUUCAGGAUUUCAUGAAGACUAUGUAUGGGAACUCAGACCGCUACCCUCAAUGGGCCACGGAGGCCUUGGACUCAGUUGGAAUUACUCUGGAAUAAGGAGAACAGAAUAAUGUCACUGGUCUGGCUGUCAGCAAGCAAGGUGCCACUUGUGCUUCCCAAACCCCAGAGUAUCAUGGGGGCUGAUGUCCUUGCUUCUUUAGCAUUCCUAGAAUUUUCACAAAAGUUGUCUGGGCAAAUAUGGCAUGGAAUAUUUUUUCCAGGAAAUUUAGGGGCUCUUGAGUUUAUUUUUAUAUUUUAUUAAAAUUCUUAUUUUCUUCUGUUAUUAAACUUCUAAAACUCCUGA